AAUAAUUAUCUGUGAGUAUUUUACAACGUUAGGUUGUUAUAUCUGUAACUGGUUCUUGGAAUGGUGUGGAGCACCAUCUGUCGCUGGUUUGUGGAAUGCGUCACCGAAACCGGAAAAUUGAAGAAUAUCGAUCAAAACAACAAACCCAAAUACGCGCGUCAUAUGGACUUGAAAGAAUGAAGCAGUAUGAAGGUUAAGGUGCUUUUGACGAAGAACUAACAGCCUUAUUUGCUCCCUAAAUUUGAUUAUUUGUGCAGAAAACAAGUUUCCAACAGAAUCUUACCAUGGAAAGAAGUUACAAAUUUUCGGAAAAUCAUUUCAUUAAUGUGUUUUUCAUAACGUAAUUGAUGUGCAAAAUUGCAGUUUUCUGGACCAUCAUUUACAAUUAAUUUUCUAAACCCUUAAAAGUUAAAGGAAAAUGGAGGCUGUGCAAAAAGGAGUCAUUAAAGAUUCGUAAGAGUGUUUAUCUUUGCCAUUCCCAUGUUAAUUAAUCACUCUAUACGGAGAGGAGAAAUUGGGAUUUUGUUUCAGAAUGCUCCCUACUGUAGUGAAGGAAUAUGAUAACUUAACAGCUUCAUUAAAAGAACAAGUGGAAUUUUAUAAGCAUGAACACACUGCUUUGCGAGCAGAUGUGGCAGCUCUACUUGAAGAAAAUCAGCAAUUGUCUGGGCAAUUGAAGUCUGCUCUUAGUUCCAAUUUAGCUCAUGAAUCUUCAGGAGAAAAUCGUCAUCGUGCUGCUGACAUGGUUGCAAAUCUUCAAAGGCAACUUUUACUUACCUCACAGGAAAAAGCUGCUGCAAUGGAACUAUAUCAAACUACAGUCAGAGAACUGGAGACUUUGGAGCUUGAGUUAGAAGCUUAUCGCAAUAAUAGACAAUUAGAUGCAGCUUCACGAAAUUUGGAUGAGGUAAAGCAGGAGUAUUCCACAGCCAUCACGCUUCUGGAGGAGAAAGUUGCUGGUCUGCAGGCUGAAUUGAGCAGAGAGCGUGCAAGAAGAGAAGCGAUAGAGAAAGAAUUGGAGCGUAUGCAAGCAGAACAAGAUAGACUCAACUCCACAUUGCGGGAUCGUGAAACUCAACUAGAAAAUGUUAUAGAGGGUCAAUCUGCAGUAGUAGUUCGUCUUGAAGCAGCAGGCAGUCGUAUCAAAGAGUUGUCUGAUGAAUCAGAUAGAUUGAGAACUCAACGUGAUGAACUAGAAACUGCUUUGACAGAAUCCACGCGAAAAGGGGAAGAACUUGUUAAACGUGAAUGGGCUGCUCUUUCUCGAGUUGAAGAAGCUUUGACCCUUGUGGAUGCAGCUGUUCUGGAGAAAGAUGCUGCCCUUGUGGCAGAGGCACAUGCUAAAGAAGAAACUUCAAAACUUCAGAAGAGUGUGGAACAGUUGUUGGAUGAGGCAGGGAAACGUGUUGCUGAAGAAAGUUCUAGACUAAAACAGCAGUUUAAUGAGCAAAUGGAAGUAGUUUUACGAGACAUGCGCAAUUUGCAAGAGGAGUUGGGCCGAAAGCGUGCUCAAUUAGACAAAGUGAGCGUAGAUUUGCAAAGAGUUGAAGAUGAAUUAGACAGGGAAAGAAAGGAACGCCUGUCUUUUCCUGAUCCUGUUCAGAUGCAGCGUAAUGUGGAUAAUGCUUAUCGUGAAUUGCGGCGUGUUGAACAAGAAGUAACUGAAGUUACCCGUGAUCGUGAUCGCCUUUUGGUUCACCUCCAAAACACUGAUGAGAGCCACCGGGCAGAAAUGGCAAGCACAUUAGAUGAGCUGCGAAAGUUGCGACAGGAACUCCAAGCUGCACACGCACAGUCACAACAGAUGGAGGCAGCAGCACAAGCUCGCACCUUGAUAAUGGAGGACCAGGUGACAAAACUGGAGCAGCAGUUGGCAACUAUACAAGCUGCUGGAUUCAUCACAAUUCCUAAUGAACAAAUACAUGCUCAGUGUGAAUUACAGUUCGAAGAAUACAGGCGAGUAAUAAAUCAAUUAAGUGAUAUGCAAAAGCAAGGGAUCCAAGUUACUCAGGAGCUACAGGCACAUCUUGAUGCACAAGUAGCUGCAAAGAAAAGGUGGCAACAGGAAGUGAAAAGAUUGAAUUCACGAUUUGAACAACGCAUCAGUACUUUGCGUGAACAGUUGGGUGCACUAAAGAAAGCAAAUCGCAGCUUGGAAAGGGAUUUGGCUGCAAGUCUUCUAGAUAGGGAGGUGACUGGUGGAGGAAAUGCCUCUUACACAUUUGCUGUGGAUGGUCCAGGUCCACCUUGACAUGUGUGCUGAUUGUUUCCAGAACAUACAUCAAGAUGUAUGUAAAUAUAAUUGUGCUAAUAUCUCAAGUGCAAGUAUUUUAUGUUGUGGAUGUUAUGAUUCAGCCAUUUUAGUUAUUUAAAUGAACAUAAUUUAAAUAAUUUGAAUGGUUUAUUAAAAUGACUUAUAAAUAGAAAAAUCCAUCCUAUAAAUAAUAAAUGUAUAAUGUAACAAAACUAUGAAAUUUUACGGUGUUCUCUUUUUAUACAUGGUAUAUUGUAAAAUUGAGGAAAGUUUUGUAUUUGUAUUUUUUUGUAUUAGAGUACCUUUACUGUGGUGAUCUUAUUGUUUGCUAUUAUUUGUAGAACUAUUAGUUCAUAAUAGUACUAUUUUUAUUGCCAAUUUCUGAAGAAAGAGUAUAAUUGUGAGAAUGUUGGUAUUCAUUCAGGUUGUUUAGUUCAAUAGGUUUAUUAAUGUUGGAUACCCAUACUUUUUUCUGUUUGUGGUAUAUCAUUUCAUAUUUUUGAAUACUAAUGUGGGCAUUUUCUCAUUUGCUGUCGUGCCUUUGUUUUACAAAGUAAUGAUUAAGGAAAGAAAUUAUUUCCAAAAAAUAUUUCCUUGCACUAACUUGUGCUAUUAGUCAUCUAGGUGAGAUUUAAGGACAAAGCUGGAAGAUUAGCAAUGAGACUAAGAAGUAGAGAAGUUGAGUAGUUAAUUAUCCAAGUCUUUAGAGAAUCCGUAAUGAUGUGUGUUUUCAAACAAAUUUUUGGAAUUUUAAAAUAACAAAAUUUGAAAAUAAACUUUGCAAUUAUCACUUUGUAACAUUUACUCUUUGUAUCCUGUGACAAAGCCAGGCAUCCUAAAUUCUUAAACCCAAAAGUCUGCUCUAUUUUUGUGGCUGUGAACUUAUUGCUAUGACAUUGUGUAGAUGGUUCAUUGCAAUUUAAUUUCCAAAAAUAAAUUGUGCGCCUUGGUACAAGAAGGCCCAAUGUCAGUUUUAGUGAUUUUCAGUUUUGUAUAGCCAAUGUGCUUUUAAUUCCCCUUCUUUCAGUGCAAGAAUUGCCAAAGUCAAAAUCAAUCCUAUCUCCUACAUUUCACAUUGAUUUAUAUUGUUCUAUGAUGUGUUUUUGAUUUCAAUGCGUGUAGAUAACCACCUUUUCUGUAAAACAUUGAAUAAUUGACAUUGGGCCUUCUUGCACCAAGCCACAUAUAUUGUUUUAAGGAUAUGCCCUUGC